UCCGAAAUAACAUUCUCGCACUUGAGCGGAUAAUGAUAAAUUGAUAAUACGAUAUUUUAUAAGAUAUGAUAGGAUCGGCGAAAAAAAUUGAAAAGUACAACAAUCUUUUGUUUAUGCUUACUAGUUAGUCGAUAGUUGUAACUUGUAGUUUACACUGUAGUGUUUUAGUGCGUUAGACUCUUAUAUCUGGUAAUAUUUGACAAUUUGAGUGAAGAAGUGAACCACAGAUAUUUUAGAUCAGUUUCUAAUAUCAAAUUUUUAAGUAGAAUGCCCAAAACAAAGAAAGCAACCUUGAAAGCUAAAAAACCACUCACUUCAAAAAAGACUGCGUCGAAAAGACUUAAAAGACCAGUUUUUAAAUUUAAUAUACAAGAAGUUUUGAAUAAUAGACAAUUAGAAGCAAAGCUUUUGGAACAAACUCCUAAACUUAAGGAUGACUUUCAAAUAACUGAUGAACUGUGUCAAGAACAACUAGACAAGAUUUUUGAUCUUGAAGAUGAUGACAAACUUCCUCUUGAAUCUUUUGAUCCUAUGUUUUUCAUUAAUUAUAAUAUACCCUUUAACGACAACUCAGGUUCUGAUUUUAAAAAAUUGUGCUUACAACGUUUACAAAUUAUGUCAGUUGAAGGAAAUGAACUUAGAGGCAAAAUUCAAUCUAACAUUUUGAUGCGUGCAAAUUGGUCACCAUUAUUUGACGAUGUCCAAAAUAUUUUAUGCAAAUGGCCAGCUAAUUUCGAUACUCUAACUAAUAGUCCAUCAUCAGUAUAUCAGAUGAAAGAUUAUAAAAACAUUGCACUGCACAAUUUUAAAUUUGUAAUGGAUUUCAUAUCUUUCUGUAUACUGAAAACGUAUAAUGAUUAUAGUUUUGACGAGCUGCUAAAAAUAGCUAAGUAUACGGUGACAAUAUACUUUCACCUUAGUGGACGAAUGUUCAAUGCGUUGCAAACAUUAUUUAGUACUUGUAUUGAAACCGCAAUAGAAGAAGACGAUGAUCUCACUAUUAUGGCAUUUGCUGAAGAAUUGUAUUCAGAACACAAUGAAGAUGAACUAAUAAUUAUGAUGGUUGAUUUAUUUCUGCCUUUUGAUGGAGAAAUAUGCAAAAAAAUGUACACAUAUUUAACGUACAAACUAUUCAAGUUACUUUUAGGAAAGACUGACAUUACGAAUACAUUUCCGUCUAGCAUCAAUGAUUGGUUUGUACUAGAUUUGGUGGAUAAGAAUUUUUUCAAAAAAAAGCCACAAGUAUUGUCCAAGGUGGUUCAAUUGUUGGAACAUGUCGUGUUCAUAUUUGAUUUAUACAAAGAAGACAAAAAACUAGAUUUCAUGUAUCACUUUCUGUAUACUGCUGUCAACUUAAGUGGAUUGUCAGAUUCUACAAGACUCCUUAAUAUAUUAGACAUAUGGAGGUUGACAUUAUUCAGGUUACAAAUCAACCGCCUGCUGAAUGUGUAAAUAUUGAUAGUAAUAAUAAAUAAGUAUUAAUUCAUAAGUAAAUCUUGAAUAUUAUGCAUCCUUUUUAAAAUGUAUUUUUUUGCAUACAAAGUACAUAUUAUUAAA